AUGGCGGCACCGAUCUGGCUAUGGGCUUUCUCUGUGUCGCUGGCUCUGAUUCCAUCUGCUUUUGGAAACUCCGAGGGAGAUGCUCUUUACACGUUGAGAAAAAGUUUAGUGGAUCCGGAUAACGUGCUCCACAGCUGGGAUCCCAACCUUGUUAACCCUUGUACUUGGUUCCACGUUACUUGUAACCAAGAUAGUCGAGUUACCCGAGUAGAUUUAGGUAAUUCCAACCUGUCUGGACAUUUGGUACCUGAGCUUGGGAAGCUUGAGCAUUUGCAGGAAUCUGUAUGUUCUUUCCCCUUUAACCUUUGCCCACUUCUGCCCUUAGCGGAACUUUACAAAAACAACAUCCAAGGAACCAUCCCUGUUGAACUUGGGAACUUGAACAGCCUCAUCAGUUUGGACCUAUAUAACAACAUCUCAGGGACCAUUCCCCGGUCACUUGGGAAACUGAAGCAUCUUGUAUUCUUGCGGCUUAAUGACAACAAGUUAACUGGACCUAUCCCUAGGGAACUUGGUGGUGUUUCAAGCCUCAAAGUUGUUGAUGUCUCAAACAAUGAUUUGUGUGGACCAAUUCCUACCAGUGGACCAUUUGAGCACAUUCCUCUAAACAACUUCGAGAAAAACCCUCGCCUGGAAGGUCCCGAGCUUCUGGGGCUCGCAAGUUACGACACAAACUGCUCGUGAAGUACAGGUUGAUGUUAUAAAGCUUGGAGUUGAAUAUGUACUCACAAGGUUUUAAGCAUAUUAUCACACGGUAUAAU